AUGCCGUCGCCCCCGCGGCCGUUACGGCCGCCGCCGGCGAGCGUGCGGGGCUUCCUGGACGCGCACUUCGCCUCCCCCGACGACCUCGCGGCCGCGCCGGCGCUCGCGGAGCUCCUGCGCCGCGAGUGCGCCGGGCUCGACGCCUCGCUCCGCCGCGCCGAGGCGCGCCUCGCUGCCGCGGCCGCGUCCUGGCUCGCGCGCUCCGCCGAGGCCCGCGCCGACCUCCGCCGCGUCCGGUCACGAGGGGUGCGCGUCGGCGCGGAGGACGAGGGCGCCGAGGCGGCGAGGACGGUGGGGCUGCCGGCGCUCGUGCGGGAGAUCCAACGGAUCGACACCAUCCGGCUCUACGCGGAAGCUACUCUACAGUUGGAAGCUUUGGUUGGCAACCUGGAAGAUGUGGCAUUUUCCAUCGUUAGGCAGGCCCCGAAGUUCAACCUAUCAUCCAUACUUCGAAAAUCAAAUGAAACAAAAUGGAAGCAAGGGAAGCUGCUCCAUGCUGUCGAUGCUGUGAGGGAUAUUGAGCGAGAAUUAGUACGGAUCAGCACUAGUAGGCCACAGUGGACCAACCUUGUCAUGGCUGUUGAUUCUAGAGUGGACAAAACUCUUUCCAUUUUGAGGCCUCAAGCCCUCACGGAUUAUCGGGCUCUACUAGCAUCAUUGGGCUGGCCACCUUCAUUGUCUUCACAAGACACAGAGAACCAAAUUCCGAAUCCUCUAGUCUUGAUGAACAAGGAAAAUAAAGAGAGAUACUCUCAAAGCUUCCAAGCACUAUGUGCUCUCCAACAUGUGCAGGGAAACCGUGAAUUACGCCUGUGUCAAACAGCAGAAGUGACUCCUGCCCUGGCAGAUUUGAAGUACUUCAAUAGAACUGCUUGCUUUGACAAUGGGCUUUGGGCGAUCGAUGAAUUAGUUCACCCUAUUGCUUCAAGGAUGGAAUAUCAUUUUGCUAAAUGGUCUGAACAGCCAGAGUUCAUUUUUACCCUUGUUUACAAGAUAACAAAGGAUUUCAUGGAUGGGGUGGAUGAUGUACUGCAGCCUUUGAUUGAUCAAGCAAGACUAGUGGGAUUAAGUGCCAAGGAAUCUUGGGUAACUGGAAUGGUGAAAAUGCUUGUAGGAUACCUUGAACGUCAGAUUUUCCCAGCACUUGUCUGCUCUUAUCAGGAUCAUGCUACUGUUGGCAAACCUGAAGUAGAUUCCUCUUGGAUGCACUUAAAUGAUGUAAUGAUUUCUUUUGAUAAAAGAAUGCAGCUUCUAGCGGAUUCAGGAAUCCAGAAAAUUGCAUCUCUUUCUGAAGGUCUGUCUAGGUCCUUAUCUGCCUUUUCAAUAUAUACUGAGCACCCUGAUUGGCUUCAGAUAUGGGCUGAUGUUGAGCUUAGUUCAGCACAGGAUAAGCUGAAAUCUGAAAUGGAAGAUGAGACAAAUUGGUCAUGUAGUGGUCAGCAUGACCAGCUUGGUCACAUGGAAAAUUCAAUGAAGUUUCUUCUCUCUACAAGAGAAGACUACAAAGCUCCUCCGAUACUAUCUUCGGUUCUGCUUGAGUUUGAAGAUCUGUCCUGGGAAUAUGUCCAGAACAUUGGAUCAUGGAGUGGACAGACCAUCUUAGAUGAUCAGACCCUGGAUGAAGAAAAUGCAGGAGUAUCUCCUGGUUUUGUUGCCAGUCUAGAUGUUCUGACAGACAGGACCACUAAGUUGAAGCGAUAUCUUAAUUCCAAGGAUUUCCUUGAUCUUUGGAGGAGUAUAGCGGAAGGCCUCGACUACUUCAUCUACAGCAGCAUACGAUGGGGUGAAGUAAGUUUCUCUGAUCCUGGAGCCAUCCAGCUAAGAGUUGAUACAAAAGCCCUUCUCCACAUCUUUAGGCCCUUCUGUUCAAGACCUGAAGCUUUUCUCCUUUUCUAA